AUGUCUUCGAAGCACUUUCGCAUAAAGGAGCAUAAAGUAGAGGCAUCGCACAUCCGUGGCUGGCCGCGCUCCACAGCUACGAAGCAGGAAGAAGUCCUUCAUCUAGCCGUCAAGCAGUACACACCCCUCAGCAACACCAGCCCCAAACCCGGAGACAUUACUAUCAUCGCAGCGCAUGCAAAUGGAUUUCCAAAAGAACUCUAUGAACCACUAUGGGAUGAGCUCCUAAAGAAGAGCCAGCAACAUGGCUUCGGCAUCAGAGGUAUAUGGAUAGCCGAUGUUGUGCAUCAAGGCUGGAGCAGCGUUUUGAACGAAGAUAAGUUAGGCAACGACCCGGCCUGGCUUGACCACAGCAGAGAUCUCCUGCACAUGGUGAAUCUUUUCCGCGAUGAAAUGCCUCGCCCCAUAAUCGGUGUUGGCCAUAGCAUGGGUGGUUGCCAACUUGCCAAUCUCGCCCUCUUGCAUCCCCGUCUCUUCGAAACCCUGAUCCUCGUCGACCCUGUCAUCCAAGGCCAGGUUUCACUGAACGGCAAUGUUGGGCCAGCUGCUGCAUCAUCAAGACGACGUGAGCUCUGGCCAUCACGAGAAGAAGCCGCGAAGAGUUUCAGCAAGAGCAAGUUUUACCAGGCGUGGGACCCGCGGGUGUUAGACCUAUGGGUGCAGUAUGGAUUAAGAGAUGUACCAACAAAAUUGUUCCCUGAUGCAAAGAAGCCCGAGGUCACCCUGACCACCACGAAGCAUCAGGAGGUCAUGACAUUCCUGCGACCGAACUUGGCUGCCAGACCUGGGGAUAAAGAGCCUUCCUCUGCAGAGUUCACAUUGACCAAUCCGAAGCUUAACAGGAGGACGCAUGCAGACAUGACACCCACCGCCAACCUUCAGUCACCGUUUUACCGAGGCGAAUCCACCAUUGUCUUCAACCAACUACCCUCAAUCCGGCCAUCGGUAUUCUACAUCUUUGGCGAACUUUCAUUCCUGACUGACGACAAAGCCAUUGAGGAUAAGAUGCGCUUGACCGGCUCUGGUGUAAAUGGUAGCGGCGGACGCGCAGAAGGACGGGUAGCAAAUGUCAUGGUGAAAGGUGCAGGGCAUCUGAUACCCAUGGAGAAAGUAGAAGAGAGUGCGGAUCAUAUCAGCAAGUGGGUCAGUCAAGAGAUGAGGAGAUACUGGGAUUGGGAACGCCUAACGGAGGAGGAAUGGGAAGGAAAGCAAGGAGUAGAGAGAACAGUGUUGCCUGAGCGCUUUGUGCAAGAGUUGGAUAGGUUGUUCAAGCCAAAGGAUAGGAAGUCGAAGCUCUGA